GUCUCACUUCCCUCUUUGCUCAAAGAAGGAAGAAGGAAGGCGUGGACAUGUUGUUAGACUCAUAUAUUCACAAUUCCUAUUUUCAAUAAAGAAUUCAAAGAUGGCUGGGGAGAAUUACACCUGGUCACAGGAGUUUAUUCUGACGGGAUUCACAGAUCACUCAGAGAUGAAGAUCAUCUUAUUUGUGUCAUUCUUUACAAUCUAUCUGAUAACCAUUGUGGGAAAUCUUGGACUGGUGGUAUUAAUUUCAACUGAAUCCCGACUUCACACUCCUAUGUAUUUCUUCCUUGGCAACUUAGCCCUCAUGGAUGCUUGUUGUUCCUGUGCUAUCACACCAAAAAUGCUAGUGAACUUCUUCUCAAAGGACAGAAUGAUUUCUUUCUAUGAAUGCGUAGCACAAUUUUAUUUUCUUUGUCUUGCUGAAACUUCAGUCUGCUUCAUCUUAGCAGCUAUGGCAUAUGAUCGUUAUGUGGCUAUAUGUAACCCGUUGCAUUAUCCUAUUCUGAUGUCCAAGAAAUUCUGCACUCAGAUAAUCAUUGGGGUAUAUGUAGCUGGCAACUUGACUUCUAUAAUUCAUGUUGGCUUUCUAUUUAGAUUAACUUUCUGUAGAUCCCACCAAAUUAACCAUUUCUUUUGUGAUAUUGUUCCAUUAUACAGACUCUCUUGUACUGAUCCUUACAUCAAUGAAUGGAUAAUGUUUAUCUUUUCAGGCUCAAUUGUAGUCUUCACUGUAGCAACUGUCCUGGUCUCUUAUCUUUACAUAGUCUUCAGUAUCCUUAGAAUGAAAUCCCAGAAGGGACAAGGAAAAGCCUUUUCCACUUGUGCAUCCCAUUUUGUGUCUGUCUCAAUAUUCUAUGGUUCUAUCCUCUUCAUGUAUAUUCAACCAGGCUCAGUUGAACAAGGGAAUAAAGACAUUCCAGUCUCUAUUUUUUACACAAUAGUCAUUCCCUUUUUAAAUCCUUUUAUUUAUAGCUUGAGAAAUAAGGAAGUAAUUAGGACCCUGAAAAAAACUAUAAAGAAACAAAAAUGA